GGGAAAACUUUUUAUACUGACAUGUUAGCGCAAUGACUUUUGAGUAACAUCUAACUGGGACGAGGCUCCCGGCGUGAGGAGGACAGGGCCCUUUACGGGAAGAAAAAAGGAGCACUUGCCAUCUGCCGGGGAACGGGGACGAAAAGCAAGACGGCAAAAGAGUUGAGAGCAGUCCAAUAAUCAGCGGUGGAAAAUCCAGUUUAGCCAUUUGAAUUGAAAGAUGAGCUUGUUGUCUGCCAUAGACACGAGUGCCUCCGUGUACCAGCCUGCGCAACUUCUCAACUGGGUCUAUCUCUCUUUACAAGACCCCCACCAGACCAGCGCUUUUGACGCAUUCAGACCCGAACCCAACUCUUCCCACCCGGAUCUCAGUUUCAGCAAGACUCCCGCAGCGGCGGACUUGAGCUCUUCCCUGAACUCCAACUAUCUCAACAACUUCUUUCAGCUGCAGCGGAAUGAGGCCCUAAACAACAACGUGUAUAAGAAUGUGUCACCCUAUGGCUCCCUGAACAACAUCGUGGAUGGACUCAACUCCCUGACGGACCAUUUCUCAGACCUUUCCCUUUCUUCAGAGCCAAGAAAACCAAACAAAAGACCCCCACCCAACUACUUAUGCCACCUGUGCUUCAACAAGGGCCAUUACAUCAAAGACUGCCCUCAGGCUAGACCCAAAGGUGAAGGGUUGACACCGUACCAGGGGAAGAAGAGAUGCUUCGGAGAGUAUAAGUGCCCCAAGUGUAAGAGGAAGUGGAUGAGUGGUAAUUCCUGGGCCAACAUGGGACAAGAAUGUAUCAAAUGCCACAUCAACGUCUAUCCACACAAACAGCGCCCUUUAGAGAAGCCGGAUGGCCUGGAUGUUUCUGACCAGAGUAAAGAGCACCCGCAACACCUGUGUGAGAAAUGUAAAGUCCUGGGCUACUACUGCCGCCGUGUGCAAUAAUCACCUUCAGAGUCGGAGAGCAACUUCUGUGUCCUGAGUCCUAUUGCUCAUCCUCCAUCAAGGCUAUUAACUUCCUCCUUUCACAUCCAGGUGUCCCUCAUCCCUGCCCUGCACACAACAUGGCAUCCUCUCCUCCUCACGUCUUCCUCUCUUCCCUCAGAAGCCUCAAAUAACAACAGUAGCUCUAACUCUUUUGUCCCUUUUCUCAAGCAUCCAUGGAACACAGAUUUUUAGUCAUUAUCCUUUUUUUCUCCAAUGACAGUAUUGAAGAUUACAUCCAGGAAUAAGAGGAACAAGUUAGGAUCAAUCUCUCAAAGUGCUCUUCAUUAAAGGCAAAAACUUACCAAAAUCAGUGACUUUUUUGUGCCUCAUGUAUCAGAAACCACAUAACCCCAACAAUCCAACUCGAUGUUUAACAGCUAAUCGUGUAUAGAUGAAUUAGCAUGUAUUUCAAUGGUGUCACUGACAGUAUUGGUCUCAAUAGAUUACCUCACCUUGGGGUUUGUUGGCUUUGUGUUUACAGAGAUCUGCCUUCCAUUUCCCUGCCAAGUGAAGUGUGUGGUAAUGUGACGAGCGUUUAACCCGGGCCUCUCAUAUGAUGGUAUAAUGUAUACGAGGCCUUUGAUGUCUUGCCGUAUUAGGGUCAACAGCACAUCUUAUUAACUGUGAAUUAACUGAGGGACAAUGUGCCAUACAUCCCUAGCUUACAUUUGGCCUAUUUAUUUUCUUGUUGUCUAGUGUGCAAUUUGAAUUUUAACUGGGACAUAAAGAAAUGUUUUUGUAUGUUUGUAUAUCACAUUAUUGUGUAACUGCUUCCACGUGUCUUUAGUAACUACUGUCGGUUCAGUCGCUCCUCGUCUAGAUUUAGUGCGUUGCUUACAGAUAAGGUUUCACUCGCUCUCCCGAUCAUUUUUGUUGCCCCAAAAAUUCUCAAUAAUCUAUAGUGUUAGGUAGGUGUAGAUGUUAGAUAGGCAAGUCGUGUUCAUUUCAAAUUACAACAAGGUCAACUGAGGCGCAGCUGUAGGAGAACAAUACUCAUUUCAGUACCAAUAAUCUUGCCAUCCACAGUUUCUCUCCAUAUUAUAUAUAAAGAUUUUUCAAAGCACUUGAAAAAAAACUAACUGCUUGCCACAUUUUGAAUAUCAUCAUGAAACAAGAAGCCUGAUUAGAUUUUAACCAAAAACUUGUAGAAGUUGGUUGUAAAGAGAUUUAGUCCACACAUAUUUUUUUUUUUAUAUAUAAAUGUAGCUUUUUUUAUGUGUUUCGGUCUUUUGAUGACACAUGCAAACUGGGUUUUAGGUCACUGAAAAUGGAGAGUUUGUAAAACUCUUUCCAGGGUGCAGAUUUUCAAAAACUAAAUUUUCAUUAAUGUUAAUGUUAAUGAGUAGACAGGGAAAAAAGAGUUUGGGCUUGUAAUGUUCUGUUAUCUCCUUAGUGAGGUGUCACAUUGGAGGCAACAUUUCUGUUUAAUGGCAUACAUUGCUAAAAUAGUGCUGGCUCUAACCCUGCUAACAGGACUUUUUUUUUGUUACAUGUUUAUACAUGAAUGCACAGUUACUCUUCCAUUAAAUUGAGGAACUGAGGUAUCAGAACGCGCUACGGAGCGAUCAGCCAGAUAACCUCCUGGUGCUUUUUUCAGGCUUCUGUUGGUUUGGCAACAGCGCUUCACUUGUGUCUUUGCAUAUUCGUUUGCAUUUUGGACAGAGAUUUUUCGAUAGAAGUGCUUCUUUGGAUGGGUUUUUUGGGAGGAUGGAGGGGAAACACAAUUUUCAAAUACACCCACGUAUGUGUGUCGACUAGGCCUCAGAAAAACAAUUGAGUUCACAUUUAAGUGCGAGUUGAUGCCUGGCAGCCUUAGUGGAGUCAGUGAAGCUAAAUGGAAACUUUUCUAAGAGCUUGCACCCUUAAAAACUAUGUCCAACAGCUGUUUGCAGUGUAAAGAGUGUCUAGAGAGAGGUGACGUUUGGGAGAACUGCAAUGAUUUUCAGGUUGGUUGGUUGAAACAAUAAGAUUUAGUAUAGGAGGGCUGAUGAUGGUGAUGUGGUGAUGCUGAAGAUUCAAGGAUAUACUGAAAGUAAUGGUGAAUUAAGUUCACACUUAUAUUAUUUUUUAUGAAUAUAAGUGCCUACUAUUAUAAACCAAUGUCUUUAAAAGGAGGAGAAGUAUACAUCCUGUUUACAUAUAUCACAGUGCAAACCUAAAGCACUACAGAUGCAGAAAUGUAGUUUUGACUUAUAGGAACCUGCCUUUAAAGGAACCUUGUUUUAGGAAUUGUGAACUAUUUUAUAUGUACUGUAUUUCUAUAAAAGCUGGUUGACUAUAUUUUAUACUGUAACAUACUGUAUGUGCCUUAAACAGAUUUAAAUCAUUCUUAAGUAUCAGGAGGCCAUUUGAAAUUGGGAAAAGACAUGCAGAGAUAGGCUCAGAGAUGGAGCAGUAUAUGUGCAUGUGGUAACUGUGAUGCAUAGCAAGUUUAAAGCAGGUUAAAAUGUGACAGAGGACAAGAAAAAUAUAUAGUUGCUCUAUUAGUUUGAACUGGCAUGGUGGGUGUUCGCUUCAACGCAGUUUGUGGAGUUGGAGGCACGGGCUGAAACAGCAAUUCCAGCUGGCAAUAACAAUCCUACUGUGGUCUGUUGUCAUGGAAUAUCCACAAAGAUGUUAUUUCUUAGUCGAUCAUCACAACAGAGCAAAGUCGCGCAUGAAACUGUGGACCUCACUCUUUGUUUUUUUAAUCUAUUGUAGUUAUGUUUAUCCAAGGAACCGUGGGUUUUGUUAAAAAAUAUACAUGGUCACUCGCCUCAGUGGGAGAGUUUGCAGUGGCUGAUUAUGGUACCUUACAGUUUUGAGAAAUUGUGCUAAAUUCCAUCUAUAAAGUUAAAGGGGCACUCCAGUAAUUUAAUAGUGCAGUUAGAUAAAAAAUUGGGAGGCUUGCAAGGGACACUCAGGAAUAGUCAAAAUGGCAGAGAUAUCCAUUCUUUUAAUCCCAGCAUAUGGCUCAAGCUGAAACACUAAAACCUACCUUUCCCAUAAUUAAACUCCAUAGUACCUCUUAGUAGACGACCCUCCCUGCCUUGUAUAUACACAUCUUUAUUUCUGUGACGCAGGCUUUUUGUUAAAAAUGUGUCUCCAAGCACAAGCUGACGCACCCGUGAUUACAUCAUCAUGACAUCACCAGGGUUAUUUUUCUCAGGAGACUGUCCUCUCCUAAAGAACUAACCCACAGAUCAAGGGAAAUGCACAAAGCUAAUUUAAGCUCCCUCUGGUAAGCAGUGUUGGAGAGUUUUUCUUGGGCUUUUCAUUGCGAAAGGAAAGCACAGAAGAAGUGGAGCCGUAAAUGCGCUGCCAUCUUGGUUUAGACUAGAGUUAAGCCUCCGUGUUAUUAUUUUAUUUCCAUCAUAAGCAUUGGCGCUUACUUAUAACAUUGUUAUUAUUGGAGUCACGUCAGAUUAGCAAAUUAUCAAAGAUGCUACUUUCAUCAACAAACACAUUUCAGAAGCUAUUAAUUUGCUUUGCAAGUACUUGAGUACUCUUUAAGAAUUUAAUGCUAGCACUCAAAGGAGGAAAUUACUUAACAUGCCAAUCCCUACUUACAUUAGCGUAUGAGGAUGUGUUGAUCUCCUGCCAUCGGUAGGACAGAAAUCAAGGAAAUAUUAGUGGGUCAUAUUAGAGUGUAAGGACAAAUGACAUAUGUGGUCGUAUGGGUUGGAAGACUUUGUUUCUCAGACUUGACAAAUCUCCUCCAGUGCUACAGAAAAGAGUAUACAAUUGUUUUCACAGUCCGAGUUCUACUCACUGUGCUGAGUAAACAUGAGUAAAGUCAAAGGAGUGCCCCUUUAACAAGAGGAAUUUUAGCAUCUAUAAUACCACAAGUUAAAUCUGAAUGAGAGAUUCUCCUUUAAGUCGGGAACAAUCCAUUUUACUUACGUCGUCUUUCUUUUGCUCUGUGUGUCACUAACCUAGCAGGUCCUUAUGUCUGAACCUUAUUGUCCACAUCGUACCAUGUGGCUGUAGCGAGAGGAAUAGAUACCAAUGAUGCCUUAUGAACUAACCUCAUAAACAAGUAAUGUUAUUGUGAUUCACCGAGUUCUGGCAGAGUAAUGAGAAAUCCUGUUAAAAUUUGAUUCCGCCCAGAGACGUGUUAUGAGGAGGCCAUUUUAAAUGGCAAAUCAAGAGCCAAUGGAAGCAGUUGAUACAAUACAUUUGAAAAAAAGAAAGAAAUCUCUGCUUUCAGACGUAAUGUCUUGAAUUGCAUAUACUUGACUUUUCUAGUACCUUUUCAGUUCAAAUUUGUUAUUUUCUAUGAAUGAGAUGUGUAUUUUGAAACACUUAAUAGAUGUUGAAAAUUAUAAAGCAAUCUGCAAAAACUCAAGAGUUAUUUCCCUGACAAAGAUAGACUGUUUUAUGUAUAUAUUUGAUGGCCAUCAUUAUCAAGGAUAGUAGCUCUUUUAAAGUGUUAUGCAAUAUUGAAGCUUUUUUUGUGUGAAGAAGGGCCUAAUUGCUGAGAAAUAAACAAAGCUGGGAGUUUCUUUUCUUUAUGUUUUACAAUAAUCUGAGGGGUUAUCCUGCAGAAAUAUUUAUGGAAAGAUUUUUUACAACACUUUUUGUAUAGAAUAUGCAACAAAGUUACACUAAGAAGGAAAUAUUGAUGUCUACAUAGAAUAUUAUUAAAAAAAAGCUGGUACAUAAUUAAUACCCUUUCUCAAUUAUAAGCCAUUGUAUUUUUGUGUUUUGUUUUAUGAUGUUAUCUGUGUUGAAUAACCCACAAUGUUAUUCAGUUGCUUUAUGUAACUAAUUAUUAGCUGCCAUUAUCAUCCAUACAGUCGCAUGUAUUCAUUUUGUAAACAAUAUUAUGAAGAUAUAUAUUGUGUUAACAUGCAGAUUUUUUUUCCUUAAUUAGUGACGGAUACUCACCACUGUAUAAGCACGUUAAACUGUGAGAUGUAGUUUGCUUUAAGCAGCAAUGACAAGAAACUAUUAUAAAAUGUUACGGUGUUAUUAGUAGUUUAGGGAGUGUAUACUUUUGUUAAGAAAGCGUGUGUGACAAAGAACUAUUUUAGAGUUUGCAUGUGCAUGUGUUUGAUUUUGAAUGAAAUAUUAUUUUGUGCAAUGUAUACUUAUUUAAAUACUUUUACAGUAGUUUGCUACAGUACAUAUUGUUUUUAACAUUAUCGGCAACUUCUGAUUGUUAUUAGUCUUGAAGUUUUUCAUUUACCGCUAGUGUAGCCUCUACGAAUAAUACAUAUUUACUGAAUGUAAUGUGUUAACACUUAUGUGGUCAAUUUGGAAAGUUAUGUUUGUAUUCUUUACUGUCUGUAUCACUUGAGAUGUUUGUAUUGCAAUACUGCAAUAAUGUAAUAUUUGAAUUGGACAGAACACAGGCGUGAGGUAGGGAAGACAAUGAUUUUAGGAAACAAGGACAGUCAUGGUUUCGAGAGUAGACCACAGGUCUGUUUUUCAUGUCCAUGAAACGGCAUUCCAAAAUGUGCCUUAUUUGUUAGUUGGGAAAACAUUUUAGUGCUUUAGUGCUGUCGAGAGUUUGAUGAAUUAAAGUCAUAUUGAAUUAGGA